UAGGAACUAUUUCCUUUCUACCAAACUGCACUUACCAACUGUAUCAAUGUGCAUCUCUUCAUGGACGAGAGGCUCAUGCUUGUGACAGCACAAGAUGUAAACAUUAAUCGUCCUCCUCGGCUAGAGCGGGAUUUAUACUUGUGUGUCAGCUCUCUGCAGAGCGUAUGCCAUAACCUACACACAUGUGCUGUGUGGUGGUGUGUCUGUGUCACUCUGCAGUACACCAAACAUGGCUUAAUUGAGACAAUUUUAAACACAAGUUCACAAAUUGGCUUUACUGAAACUUGCAGACCUAUGGCAUUUUACAGUGUAUAAAUCUGCCUAGCGGCUAGUAGACUUUUACUCUACUCAUAUGACGCCAAGGACAACAGCAACAUUUAACAAAGGUAACGUUACAAAAAAUUAAUUAGGUUCACUGACAAAACAACUGUAUUACACUAAAAACAUUUUCCAAACAAAUACAACAUGCUAACAUUAUUAGCACAAGCCUAUGGCAUUUUACAUUGUAUAAAUUAGCCUAGUGAUGAGCUCAGAUUUCCUCCGCUCAUAUGAAUCCUAGAUCCUGGAGUAUAAAUCCCCGAAGGAUAAAUGACACACAAGACUUAAAAUGCUAUUUUAUGGAGGCUUUCUUGUCUUCACAAUUUAUGCAAAUUAAAGCUUCAUUUCCACAGAGGGAAAUGGUUCCAGCUUACAAAAAUAGACAGGAGGUCUGCGUUACCGCGACGCGUAGUUAUAUUUCUGGGGAGAUGCACAGUACAUCAGGCUGGUACUGUGUAGGCUCUCCAUCAAUGCAGAGCCUACGUCAGAGGUACAGCAUCGAUUUGACGAAGAAGUAAUCCCACUUAAACUGUCACGUUAGCUAGCUCAGUGGUGCUAGGUGAGCUAGCAGUAGAUGCACGCUUCCUUCUGUGCAAGGAUACAGUUGGUAGGUGUAGUUCAGUAGAAAGAAAAUAGUUUCUGCAUGAAACUGCUCACAACAAGGUCUGUGGAUUAUCUCGAAUAAUGUGUUUAUGAUUUCUGGAAAGAGACAUUGCUGUUGAAUUUUAUAUGUAAUAUGUAGUUUUGGGCGCUUUGAGCUCCACAAGCUGAGUGCCAUCUAGCUCCAUUAUAUUUGAGAGACAGCCGACAUCUCUACAGCCGACAUCUCCAACACUUUGCAACUCACACCAAAACAAAUCUAGACUGAUGGCUCAUCCGUCCCUUUAAACUCAUAAAAAAUUUAAGGUGAGCACAAAGACACUUUGCUUCUUGCACAUACAUCCUUCUGCACAGUGAAUAUCAAACAUUCAAGUGGAUAUGUCUCGAAUCCUUUAUGACAGCUUACAAUGAUUGGUAAUUUAUUGCCAAAAUACGUUCAUAUAGCUACUGUGUAUGUACUGUAAGUGUGAUGUAUACUGUACAUACAUCACCUAUUUGAAUUUCUGGCAAUUCAUCUUCUCUCAAAUAUUUUAUUGAUAAUAAAAUUUAAAAACUUUUUCAGGUUGCAGACAUAAAAUUCCACCUUAAAUGAUUUUUUUUUUACAUUUUGAAUCAAUGAACUAUGUUGACAGACAGUCAGCCAGGGGACGCCCUUUGGGGGGGUGACGUACAAGUGAACACUGAUUUUUUUCUGAAGAGGAAAUGACACUAUGAUUUCUAGGAUUUUCCCAGUAUGUUGCCCGAGUGUAACCCUCUGUGCCCCUAAUGUUUUUGUACCAGACUGGUUUGAAUCAAUCCUGCUCUGCUGGGCAGAAUGAGACGUUUGAGAUCAGCAGUGAAAAGCUUCAUAUUCACAGACAAGUGAUAAACAUCUGAGCUGAACUGGUGGGUUGAAUCUUGUCGAAACACACAAAUUAGCCCAAAUAUUUCCACUGUAGACAGUUUGUCUUGCUCUAUAGAGCUAAAUAACAAAUAAACAUGUCACAUCAUGGGGGUGAAGCUUCUCACUGACCUCAGAUAACAAGCAUAUUCAUCACACAGAGGUGUUUAAAGGUGUUUAGAAUCGGACGGUGUGUUAAGUUGACGACCAGCAGUUGGCAAACUCGCUAAUCCAUUGUGAUAGAUUUCUUGUAAAUGGGAUAAAAUAAUGUGUCAAGUGCAUGAGAACUUCAUUACAUCCAGAGAGAGGCAGCAGGGUAUGAAAUCGGACAUGAUGACUCAUUGAUUACUUCGCUAUAGUAGAAAACUAUUGAUCGUACAAGGCCUAUGUGGAUAACUGAGUGGUACUGAUAAUGUGGGGAUUCCAGCCACAGUGGCUGUUUCCUUCUUUUUGUUUGUACAUAUGGAGCAAAUUCACUCCAACAAAUGAGUGCCAACAAAUCCUGAGCAUGUUGUCUGGACUUGCAAAGCACCUCUUUGGAAACAGCUUGGUUAUUUACUCCCACAGAUAUUGUACACACCCAAAUAAACCAUAAAGAUAUGUUCAGUCAGUUGUUAUCACAGCUGCUGAUGCAUGCAGCAUUUCUAUCUAAGGUCAAACAGUCUGACAAAAGGACAUAAAUUAAUCCUAACCUGCAAAUAUUGCAAACAAUAUCUGUGUUACAACCGGUUGCAAGCCCCUCACUGUGAGGCCAUGAUUUAAAUGCAUCGAUGAAGCUGUUGGUAUUGACUUUCUCUGGUCAGAGUAGUUGGCAAGCUUCCCUCAACAGCUCAGUUGUUCCCACUUUGUUUCUGGCAACACUGCAGCAGAGGCGGGUCACUGAGGUUUAGGUGAUGCACAGGGACUCAUGUGGAGGGUGCUAACGAUUUUUAAAACUUUUUGGUGACCGUGUCAGGGCUGCAUGACCCGAGGAGAUUUAAGUCACCACCGGCAGUCUGUCCACGCCGCUGCAAGUCAUAAUGGCAGAGUGAAGAUGGGGGACUGGAACUUCCUCGGGGGGAUUUUGGAGGAGGUGCAUAUCCAUUCCACUAUGGUAGGCAAGAUCUGGCUCACCAUCCUGUUCAUCUUCCGUAUGCUGGUCCUCGGGGUGGCAGCCGAGGAUGUGUGGAACGACGAGCAGGCUGACUUCAUAUGCAACACCGAGCAGCCCGGGUGCAGAAAUGUGUGCUACGACCACGCUUUCCCAAUCUCCCUCAUCCGCUACUGGGUGCUGCAGGUCAUCUUUGUGUCUUCUCCCUCACUGGUUUACAUGGGCCACGCUCUCUACAGGCUGCGGGCGCUGGAGAAGGCACGGCAGAAGAAGAAGGCUCUGCUGCGGAGGGAGCUGGAGUUGGUGGACGUGGAGUUGGCAGAAGCCAGGAAGAGGAUUGAGCGGGAGAUGAAGCAGCUCGAUCAGGGGAAGCUCAACAAAGCUCCUCUGAGGGGCUCUCUGCUGCGUACCUACGUGGCUCACGUUGUCACUCGCUCUGUUGUUGAGGUGGCCUUCAUGACAGGCCAGUACCUGCUUUAUGGCUUUCACCUCUACCCACUCUACAAGUGUGAGCGGGAUCCUUGUCCCAAUGCUGUGGACUGCUACGUCUCCAGACCGACAGAGAAAAGCGUCUUCAUGGUGUUCAUGCAGUGCAUCGCUGGAAUUUCUCUCUUCCUGAACAUCUUGGAGAUCAUGCAUCUGAGUUACAAGAAGAUUAAGAAGGGCAUCUUGGACUUCUACCCUCACUUGAGAGACGAGAAAGAUGAACUUGAUGAUUACUAUGUCAACAAGUGUAAAAAAGAAUCUGUUGUGCAAAUUUGCACCAGCGUACCCCGAAAGGCAACGAUCGCUUCUGCACCCAGUGACUACAACCUCUUACUGGACAGGGUGCAGGGCACAAUCAUGUACCCAAACCUCAUCAAACCUUCAACUUUUCUACCGCUUCAGAGUGAGCUGCCCACUCAGCACGAUUUGGAUGACUCCAGAUGUUCAGUUCAAAGCCCCCCACAUUGUAACUGCACCUUGACUACAAACGAGCCCUGCUCUCCGUGCUGCGACUCCCUGAUUAACCCAAAGCAGGAGGCUGAGGACUUUUUGCAUCUUCCCCCGCACAGUAAAGAGAAUGGGGGCAAUGAAAGAAUGAGCCCAGACUCUCCGAAAUGCCCACAGAAGGCAGUGGACACUUCCUCCUUCCCCACGCUGCCAGUGAGUGCAUCAAGGAGGCCUUGGAGAGCCCAGGGCUCUUUGAAAUGCUCCACGGUGUUGGAGGGCAAAAGCUCUGACACAGAUUCAUACGGGGGUGCGAAAGCCAGCAGUGGACCUCCCAUCACUCGAACACAGUCGAAAUCAGACAGCAAACAUCAAAGCCGGCCGUCCACCCCGGAGUCACUAGAUGACUCCAGCUCAGAAUCCAGGCAUGCCAGACCCCCUUCAUCCAACUGCAGAGCAUCAGUGGCAAGUAAUGCGAGCAGCAGACGAGCGGCAGACCUGCAAAUUUAAACCUCACAUACAAACUGUGUUCUUACAGCAUGUUACAGGUGUACUGAUCUGUCAUAUCUACAUUUAAAGGUAUACUUUGGAAGUUUUUCCAAAAAAUACAAUGUAUAGACUCUCAAACAUCACUAAUGACCCACUAGAAGUGUGUGGCGGUGUAUUUAUCUGCAGAGACUCUGGCCCCUGUCUGUAUUUUCUUAUUUUGCUGUGUUCGGGACGUUUCCUGGGCACAGCCUGCAGGUGAGGUUGGGACUUUAUAAAAAGUAGCAACCAGGUGCCAGACCAUAAACAGCACGCAUCCAAGAGUAAGCUACGAAAAUCACGGACACAGAAAUAUAGUGAGGUGAAACACCGAGCGGACAAAGCUGGGGUUGGCUUUCACUUUCGCUGGUGAUACUUUUUUUUUUUUUUUUUUUACAAACAGUAGCUGACAAUUUCUGUAUAGUAUAACUUUAAUUCAUGGAUUAAACAGCACUCUAAGCUGCCUCCGAACUGAGAGUUUGCUAAUAUUGUGUUUUUGGUUUCAACUUUUGACACCUUUGUCUCAAUAAAAUGGCAUGAUUUAAAAACUUAUUGCAGUUUGACUAAUGAAAUUAACAUUUUUAAUUGUUUUUGGUGACAUACUAUAAUGUAAGAAACAAGAGAGGACUUUGUACUGUAUAUUUUAUAUUCUUUUUCCACCUACUUUUGGAAUCAACUUGUUUUCUAUUGUGACUAACUGCAUUACUGCUACCCAAUUAGCAUGACCUUUUUUAUGUUAACCAUAGUUAAUAUCUGAGCUCAUAGCUGCAUCAUGAUCUUGGUGGUCUAUAUACAAGAUUAGGUAGGCCUGCAUUGGGCCAAAUAUAGAUGAGACGUCUCAAGUGGUAUUUUUCUUUGUAGUGUGUCAUUUAAAAAUGCCAGUAUCAUUUAAGCAGAAAAGAAAUGUCAAUAUGUUCUGGCUACUGCACUUGCUUUAACAUAACUUGCUUCUGCACCUGUUCCAUUUUCUGCAUGCACAUUUACAUCUGAUUAUCAUGAUGACACUUCAAGAAGUCAUAUAGGCCUAGUUGGUAUAAUUUUAAAGGUGUUGUAUGAUUGAGUCUCAUUCCCAGGUCAUCAAAUACCGACGCUUUGGGUCAGCUGUCAGAUUAAAUCACCAACCCAAAGCGUUGGUAUCUGACAACCUGGGAGUGAGACUCAACAAUCACUGUCUUUCUCAUGACAAACAUGUACACUUAUGACGGGCCUUUUGCAAAUCGUCUCUCCCAUAGUAAUGUGAGCAUUUGCACAAAAGAACAUCUUUUUGUAAAGAUUUUUUGUCUCAAGUUUGCUGUUUAAUUUUAUCUCUGUAUUUUUAGGGCAUUACUGGGGGCAUUUAGUCGACACUCAUCUGUUUCCUGAGCAUAUCAAUAAGACGCUAACACUGCAGCACUGUCCUCACCAACACGAAUUCUGUUGGAUUACUGUCAUAGAAAACCGGAUGUGCUCUGGUCCCCAAAGCCUUCAUUCGUCUCUGUAUUGUUGUUAUAUCUGGUUUGC